GACAUGUACUCCCACAUAUUCAAUUAAUGAAAUUAACCUUUCUACAUGGUAUCGGAGCCUAAAAAUCAAAAACCCUAAACCCCUUCUCUCUCUCGUUCGGCCUUCUCUCUCGCCGUCAGCGCCGACUCUCCCUACGGCAGCUCUCCUCACCGGCGACACCCUCUCCUCCUCGGCGGUCCUCUUCUUCCCCUCACCAUGGCCGAAAACAGCGAGAUCACUUCCCAAAAUAACUCCUCCAAACCUCCUCAUCUUGCUUUCACAACAAUCUCAAACGCGAAACUUCAUGUCCCCGUUCAACUCAGUCUCUCCCAACCUAAUUACAAAAAGUGGAGCCGACUCUUCCUUCUUCUGGUUCGGCGAUUCAACCUCAAGGGCUACAUCGAUGGCUCCGUCGUCCCCCUCUCUGAUGACGACGACAAAUGGUUCCAACUCGACGCUCUCCUCCAGGGUUGGAUCCUCUCCACCAUCACCGAUGAGGUCUCAGAUCUGGUCAUCUCCUCUGUCUCUACUGCCUCUGCUCUCUUGAAAGUCAUCCACGACUUGUUCCACGACAACAAACAUGCUCGAGCUAUGCAAUUGGAACAUGAAUUUCACACGACAGUCAAGGGCAACUCCACUAUGGCAGCCUAUUGCCAACAACUGCAGAAUCUUUCCGACUGGCUGGAUGAUGUUGAUGCACCAGUCUCCCAACACCAACUCGUCCUUCAAAUUCUUCGUGGUCUCCCUGCCGAUCUCCAGGGACAAACAUCAUUCAUGCAAUUUCAGGAUCCCAUGCCCACGUUUCUGCAAGCUAUGGGGAAGGCACUCACGGCGGUACUCCCGAUGGCUAUGGCGGACAGCAUGGAGGCACAGGCUAUGGGGAAGGCAACUCCGGGCAACGUGGAGGCUAUGGACGAGGACAAGGUCGUGACGGUGGAAAUCGGGGUAGAGGUCGCGGACGUCAAAACGGCUCACGACCACGGCAAUCCUACAACGGCAACAAUACCUGGAACUCACCGUACCCUAACCCGGUAUGCUGACAUCUUCACCAAAGGACUACCUUCUCUACUCUUCCUCGAGUUUAAGUCCAGUCUGGGUAUCAGACCCCCUCCUCAUCCGACGUAGCCGGGAGCAUGUUAAAUAUAUUCUAUAUUUAAUGUAAAUAUAUUGUUUCCUAUUAUUGUCUCCUACCUUGUAUAGGAUUAGGAAUAUAUUGUUUCCUAUUAU